CGCGACAGAAUUGCUCAAAAAAAAAAAAAAACAAAAAAAGUUCAUUUAUACCACUCUAACCUCAAAAUAUGCAAACUUUAAUUGCAAUUUUCGGCUCCCGUGGUAUAAUAUACUAUUCUAGUGUACGCGAAAAGUUGAUUUUCUAGCGUGCGCGACAGAUUUAGCGCACGCAAAAGGUUGAUUAGUAGCGUGCGCGAAACAUUUUCCGGAAAAUUGUCCAUGGUUUUCGCGUACGCUAAAAUUUUCUCGCGUACGCUACAUUUUUUUUCGCGUACGCGAUAUCGGCCGCGGAGACACACUCUUGUUUUAUUUGAUUAUAGUCUGUGUUAUAAACUAAUGUUUUCAAUAGCAUAAUACCAUUUUUGAAAUUUGUUAAUAUUAAUUUAUUAAACUUGAGUUUUGCCAGAUAAAUCUAAAAAUAAACUUAGUUGACAAAAUGGUUGCCUUAUUCUUAUUAACACUUAUAUCAUGUGAAUUUAUUGCAUGCAUUAUACUAUAUAAGAACAACUAUUAAAAGUCUACUAUGAGUAGUAACAGUUAGAAAAAAUAUUAAACUGCAACAGAGAAUAAUUUUAAUUUUAUUUUAUCUAUUGAAAUGGAUUUACAAGUAAAAAUUGAUUUUACUAAGAUCAAAUGCGAAUGCGAGUCCAAAAUCACAACACUGAAAAGUGAAGAAAAAGCAUCUUCAGUAACGUCAGUUUAUGCUGAGGAAGAUGUUACAAGUUGUUCCAACAGUGUUGCAAUAAACAAUGUAGCAGAAGGUUUUGAUGCUCUGGUUAGUACUCAGGAUGUAGAAUCCAAAGAUCUUACUGAGUCUGUAACUAUCAUCAAGCGAUUAACUUACAUAGUUGUUUUAAUCGAGAAAAUUAGCAGUUGGAAAGCAGAAGUAAUAUCAACUACCAUGUGUCGCUCAUUAGACUGCACAUACAAGGCACUUUGUGGUAUAAGGGAACAAUUAUUAGAACUGGGUUUCAAAGCUAAAAACACAAUUACUAAAAUUGAAGGAAUAAUAGAUUAUGCAAAUAAUCAUAUAAGAAAUGUUGUUCUUACACUUAGUGAACAAAAAUUUAAGCCUGAUGAAGUGGAUCAAGAUGACUGUACUGUAGUAUGCGAAAGAUGUCGUUGUUAAGUUAGAACAACUAGAAGCUAUUGAAACAAGUCUACCUCAAACCAAAGCAUCAAUUAGUUUGCCUUACAGAGACAGUAGUGAUACUGACAACAGUAUUAUUGAAAAUAAUACAGAUUAUAG